CUCCCGCAGGGGCGGGGGGAGGGCUGCCCGCGGGGAGAUUUAACCCCCUGGAUCAGGCGGAGUUAACAUGUCCCGCUGUGGCCUGGCCUAGCCUCAGCCCCGGGCCCGGCCAGGUAGAUGUUCUUCUGGAAGGUGUCACCCUGAGUAGGCAAAGCUCUCCCGCCAGGCAAAUUCCCGCUGGCCACAACUUGCCACACAAGGAGGAACGGGUGGGAGCACCGCGAGGCUGAGGCACGGCCAUAAGAGUGUGCCAGACCUGUGGUGGUAACUUAGACCCUGGGAAUCUUCCCACAAGACAGUGAUAUUUCUAGGACUUGGCAUUUCGAGUGGCAACAGGGUUGUUUAUAGGAAGAGAACAGAAAGGACGGAAGGACGAUGUUGACCUAGCAGCCCUACAAACCUACCGCACUUAAUCCACUUAUCACCCUGAAUUCCUGAAGCAGAUAAAUGCCGAUAACAGUUAAAACACAUCACUGGCAGGAGCUUCAUGUUCUGUCCUCUAGAAAUACAUCAAUACUGGAAAUUACAAAGCUGUGUGCUACCAUGGGGAUGAACAUGAUAUAAGAGCUGAGGAAACCCUCACUAUUCAGCAGAGUUCUUCCACAGGAAAGUAGUGAGCCUCUGCUUCCUUCUCCCUCCCUGCCCUGACUACCUUGAGAUGCUGUUCAGGCCUGAGAAAGGCUGCAGAAUACUGUUGUAACCCCAAAGCCACAGCUGCCUGAUCUGUGCCUCCAUAUCUGAAAUACCAAGUGGGCCCCAAGUGUCUUGUUACCGCUUUUGAUUGUCCUUGCUGCUCAGCAUUAAGACCUGUGAGGAGUGAUUUCCAGCUGAGACCAGCCCCGUGCAGCUCACAUCAGCAUGUCUUGGGGAGAGGAGUUGGUUUUGGUUAAUCUGAGCUAAACCUUCCCUGGAGGAGUGCAGCUGCUGCACCAGCCUUGCAAAGCCACACAAAGCCACUUUCUCCUAUCCCCAUCUGUCAGGGCUCUCAGCAAGGUACUGGGGCCAUCUCUGAGCAUCAUGCAGCUGCUAUGCCUUCCCCUGUGUCAAGACCCCUUCCUCCUGGGGACCUGUCCCAGGCUGAACAGGAGGAAAAAUGCUGUAAACCAAAGGUUGUUUGGAGGAAACCUUGUUCCUACAAAAUCUGGAGGGAUAAAACAACUGAUAGUGCUUUUGAAUGCACCAAGCUUACAGGCUGAUCUGCUGCCUUCAGUCUUUCCCUACAUGGCCAUCUACCACCAGUCUCUGUAGCACAGCGCCCCAUGUGAGUGGGCACCCUUGAAGCUGCAGCAAAGUGCUUUCUUGUGGACAGUGCAAUUGUCUCACAAGACGUGUGAAAGGAGGAAGCUGCCUAAAGAGAAGUGAAGACCUCUCAGCCACAGGAGUUUUUAUGAGUCAGAUGCUGCUCAGUUGUUGCAUUGCAGAUGUCUUAGCUAAAAACAAGCGUUCAUUGAAAAUCAAAGACUCUUUGUGAGUAUAGGCGGCAGGAGCCUCCCACAAAACGUGGUUUUUCUUCAUCAAAGGGCUCUCCUUAGAUUUGCCUACAAUAGGUUACUUAAAGCUUGCCUGCAUUGCGAAGCUGAUUCAGAGCCAGCACGGUGUGGAUCUGAAAUAGUCCAGCUGUUCAGAACGAAUUUGCUGUCUGGUUUGUUGUCACUCUGUGAAUGUGAGUGCCUUCCUCAGAAAGGACCUAGUGAGAAGUUGGCUGUGGAGGGCCAUUUUGUGGAGUCAGGGGUACAGAAGAGCCAUUGCUCUGUACUGACUACUCAUGUGUGUACUGGUUUUCUGUGUUGGAGGCAAAACAGGUGAUCCAUCACUUGAGUUUUCAUGUCAGUGUGGAAGGUGACAAAGUUUGUUUUAAAUGCAUGAGAUAUUUUACAGUCAUCAGGGAGCAAAGAUCUGCGUGUUAAACUGCUUGCAGUCUAGCGUUUGGACACUCGCUGGUAGGUCUAACACCAUCGCUGUAGUACAGAGAAUGUACAAACCCUGGUGUGGGGAGGAGUCUGACCGAAAAGCAGAAGAGCUUGCAUCUGCCAGGAACUGCUUGCCAAAUGCAGUGUGUGUACAUCCCGCCUGUCCCUUCACAAACAGGAGGGGAUCAGCCAGCUGCCCUGGCGUGAAAAUACCUGACAAACCCCCAUCUCCUUUGCCUUUUGGAUCUUUGUGUCUGGUUGUGUUCUUACAGCCUUUGACCCCCCGUCAUGAUCCCUAAUCUAAAAAUCAUCUUCCUGUUUGUUUGGUUGCUUCAAUGUGGAGGGGGAAAUGUUGAUGUACAGCAGAAACCUCCAAUCCAGGUUGCCCUGCUCAAGGAAGGAACAUCCAUCCCCUGCAAAGUCAUCUUCCCUUACAUGCCGAAAUACACCAAAUUUUCAAUCUGCUACUACCGGAUUAAUUCACUGGAUCAGAAGACAUCUAUCUCUACUAGGCUGGAAAACGUAGCCAUUCCUUCUGGAGAAGAGAAUAAGACUGCUGCCUUAUCUUAUGACCACAAAAUCAUGCCACUUGAAAACACCUCUUCAACUGGCACGUACUACUGCAUGGUCAAAUGGAAUGAUAUCCAAAAAAUGGGAAAGGGAGUGUUCAUCCUUGUUAGAGAUACAGGAUACAUAAAUACCUCUUAUGGGUGGGAAAUCCUCAUUACCCUUACUGUUCUUCUUGCUGUAUUGAGCAUCACUGCAACAGCUCUGCUUCUAUGGAAAAGAAAGGUGUUGUGCCCUAGAAGGAGCCAGCCAAAUAUCCUGAAGGUGGAAACACAGCUCCCUUCGGCCAGCCCACCACCACCACCACCACCUCCUGUCUAUGAUAGCCUGGAUGUGCAGCAAGUUGAUGUCUAUUCUAGCCUCGAGAACAAAACAAACAACCCAUCACACAGAAAGAAUCCUCCAGGGAAGACACCUAAGAAGCAAGAAACUCUAGAAGAAUCAUCUGAUACAUUGUAUGAGAAUAUCUAACAGGGAAGAUACCUGACCCUAUGUGGACCAGACAUCUUUCUGUAUGUAUCUCUUACAUCCCAGAUGAGAUGCAGGUACAUGCAGAGAUCCACAGUGACUUCAGAGCACAACCACGAGGGAACUGUGAACCCCUGGCCCCUUCUAAACUGCCCUUCAUUAACAACAGAAUGUGUCUGUAAAAAUCCCUCGAGGCUCAGUCUGCAUUGAUGCAGCAAAGCUAUUUUGCAGCAAAACUGUUUGAAGCAAAAGAAAAGCUGCUUUUGUCAAGCACUUAUCUUGGGAAUGGGCAAUCUGUGAAGGUUUCUCUCACCUACCCCGUCUGAAAUCCUCUGCAAGUGGUAGGACAAUCCAGAAAUUUACUUCCCUGCUUGCUGGCUUGAUGUUCCGAUCCUGACCUGCAGCCGUCCGUCUGAUCUGUUCUUGUGGCUUUGCCGAAAUGGCCAUCAGGACUUCAUGCAUAGUUUAACCAGAUCCAAGCAUCCACCUGCCCAUUUUCCCUUUCUCAGGAACCCCACAGCAAACACGAUUUCUCCUAAUCUGCUAAUCCCAUCAAGUAGUCACAGAUGCCUGCUGCGACCUUACUGAGGCGACUCAAAUCAGUGCCUCCAAGAAAAUGCUUCCCCUUCAGCAAUAUCAGCAGUACACAGUGAGGACUGGAUGCACUGACGGAGAUAAAGGCGGAGAAAAUGAACACAGAGAAAAUACCCCUUCCUAACAACACGUGUCAGUGACAGUGCCCAUUCUGCAAGAGAGAGGAACAAGGAGGUGGGAAUGUGAGGAAACUACUUUGCUGGAGCUGCAUAAGCCAUGCGGGUUUGGGGCCAGGUUCCAGCCUGCAGAAAUCCAAGGGGAGCUCCCCAGUUUCCUUUUCAUCUUGGCAAUGGGCAUUGUUAUCAUUGGGGAUUUUGAGCCUCUGUGGGAGCAGGCAUGGUACCUUUGCCCCACCAAGACCAAUAGGUUUGCCUUUGUUUCAGCUGGCUGCUGUAAAGAGUGUAAAGCUCCUUUACUCCCCCAUUAUGUGUUAUUGGCCAGGGACAGCAGUUCUGAAACUUAGAAUGACUGGAGGAAGGAGGAAGGAGGCCUUAGAAGUGAAUUUACUAUCCAAAUUCUUUCUCCCCUGUCAUCUGGAACUUGCCUACCAUUUGUGCUGAUGCAUAUUCUGGUUCUGAUAGGGAAGAAGUUACAUUAAAUAUCCGUAUAACAUGAUCAAACCAGCAGAUCAAAAAGCUGAGGCUGUUUUAUCUCAUAUUAAAAACAACAAUGAAAUAACAACCAAACAAAACCAACCCAAAAUAAGAAUAUGCAGCAUAACUUGAGAGGAAUCGUAGAAACCUCUUUAAAGAAGAAGAUCAAAUUAAAAUUGAGCUCCAGGGUCAUAGGACCCUCUCUAGCUGAAGAUAAUGUUGCUAUGUAUCAGAGAUAGAGGCUAUGGAAAAUGUCUCCGGGGCCUCCAACCUUCCUAUACUAUGUUUAAAGAGAUAAUCCGCUUAUUGCUUUGCUCUUUUUAUUAGAAAAGAUUUCAAACAUGCAAUUUGGACUUUCUUUAACCACAGAAAAAUGCUUUUUCUCUUCCCAGUGCUGAGGAAUUCAUUUCAGAAAAGGCAAUGAAUGAACAGCAUGGCUUAUUAGACUCAUUUAUAAUUUGUUAAGUGAUCACAACAAUUAUAAAUAUUUUUGAAGUAAAAAGUUUUAUAUUUUACUAAUAUGACCAGGAAAUAUUUGUGUUCACAGAAGAAUUUUCAGAGGAUUGUACAGGUAUAACAAUUCCUUUCCUUAACAAAUUUGAAGAAAUGAUGAGAUGAAUUAUAAAUAUGUUGCAGUAUGGCAAUAAAAUAUUCAGCAGAUGCCAGUGGAUUAGAUGAAAAGUAAAAACUUUCAAAAUAACGAUGGUUAGGUUUUGUGUUUUGUUUUUUAAAUUUUAUAAAUGCUAAAAAUACUGGAUGCUACUGGAAAUUUCCUGGCAAGGAUAUCUCUUUGCAAUGAGUUGAUUUGUCUUGUGUUUCUGUUGUCUUUUUAAGUAGCAUGUUUCUUACAUUUA